AGGCUGUGGACCAGUUGAGUGAGCGACGCGGGUGGCAACCAUGGUGACCUACGUCGAGCUCUACACCGGCGCCAAGAUGCCCCUCGUGGGCCUGGGCACCUGGAAGUCAUCUCCAGGUCAAGUGACCGAAGCUGUGAAGACAGCAAUUGACCUUGGCUACCGCCAUAUCGAUUGUGCCUACGUGUACCAGAACGAGAAGGAGGUGGGGGUUGCACUCCAGGAGAAGCUCAAGCAGAAGGUGGUGAAGCGCCAGGAGCUCUUCAUCGUCAGCAAGCUGUGGUGCACCUUCCAUAACAAGAACAUGGUGAAGGGAGCCUGCCAGAAGACACUCAGUGAUCUGAAGCUGGACUACCUGGACCUCUAUCUCAUUCACUGGCCCACCGGCUUCAAGCAUGGGGAUGACUAUUUCCCACUGGAUGCAUCAGGCAACGUGAUUCCCAGCGACACAGAUUUUGUGGACACCUGGACGGCUAUGGAGCAGCUGGUGGAUGAGGGGCUAGUGAAAGCAAUUGGUAUCUCCAACUUCAACCAUCUCCAGAUUGAGAGGCUCUUAAACAAACCUGGCUUGAAACAUAAGCCAGCAGUUAACCAGAUCGAGUGCCACCCAUACCUGACUCAGGAGAAGUUGGUCCAGUACUGCCAGUCCAAAGGCAUUGUGGUGACUGCCUACAGUCCACUGGGCUCUCCUGACAGACCCUGGGCCAAGCCUGAGGACCCUUCCCUUCUGGAGGACCCCAACAUCAAGGCCAUCGCUGCCAAGUACAACAAAACUACAGCCCAGGUGCUGAUCCGGUUCCCCAUACAGAGGAAUAUGGUGGUGAUCCCCAAGUCUGUGACCCCCGCACGCAUCGCUGAGAACUUCAAGGUCUUUGACUUUGAGCUGAGCAAAGAGGACAUGGCUACUUUAAUGAGCUACAACAGGAACUGGAGGGUCUGUGCCUUGGUGAGCUGUGCUGGUCACAAGGAUUACCCCUUCCAUGCCCAGUUCUGAAGCCCUAGAUGCCGGCUCUUCCCAGGUGACUUCAGCCUAUGCUUCCGGCCUCCUUCCUGUGUGUCCUUGCCAAUGCAGUAUGGCCUGCACCCCUUGGACA